GCCUCAACACCUGACAGGAAUAACCGUCUUUUGUCAAUUAACAAAGUUCAUCUACUUUUUAUCCAUCUACCUCAUGAUCAAUUAAGGAAGUACUGGAUUUUGUAUUUGUGCUAGUAAAGGUUUUGUUUUCAAGGUUUACAUGAACGCGGUAAACCGAUUGUAAUAUGCCGAGGCAGCGUUCAUACACUUCAACCGGACAGGACAAGGCAAAGUCAGUCAAUAAAGAAUUUUUUAGUAAGCAAUACAAAUCCUUGAAGACGUAUAUCCGAAGUACUGGCUCUCAUCCUGUUCUCAACUCAGGAAUAUGCUCAUCGCAAAGUCCGGGGAUACCUGGAUCUCCUGCUUCAUUAGCCGCAAAGAGAGGGGUCUUUUAUCAAGAUGACAAUGGAAAAAUUAUCAGCUUAACUAAAUCAAGGAAAUCUAAUCAUUCCGUUAGUUUUCGAUUGAGAAGUUAUAAAAAAUUGGUACUGGACUUGUCCUCUUUGGGGCUUGACAGCGUUUCUCCGGACAUUGGAAGUCUCAGUCAUUUAAUAGAGCUUUUUUUGUAUGAUAAUAAGUUAACAUGUCUUCCCUUGCAGAUCGGACUUCUGAAGAAUCUCCAGAGAUUAUGGCUCCAAGAAAACUCCCUCACAUUUCUACCAGAUGAGCUUGGUUAUUGUUCAAAACUAACUCAUCUUGAUAUCAGGCACAACAGGCUUGAAGGUUGCAUUCCUGUUGUUAUAACAAAAUUCACUUUAAUGAAACAACUCUACCUGACUUACAAUAAAUUAACAGAUAUAUCUGCUAUUGGUAAUUUAUGUGUAGGUCUAGUCUUGUUAUUUUCACUUAUCCUGUAUGAUAUUUUUCUUGGAUUUUCAUUUUGUCUUACACAUAAACUUUUUAAACCUAGCGUUUGUUUCAAAUAAUAACGUAAUACAUUUUGACAGACAGUUGAAUUUCGUUUUCAGUCUAGGAAGUACAGAAGGCUGUGGGACUUGUGGUAAUUACGGAGAAGUAAGUUCUCUUAUUUAAAACAAUUAUCCAUUCAGUGUUCAUGAAGAUGGAGUUAGAAACAUGUGUUGAGUUCUGUAGGUAACUAAUGGGUUAUUCUCCAUGGCCUUUUGAACGAUGUUGGAGUGCCCCUGUUAAUCUUCCGUUUUAGAAGGUAAAAAAUGAGGGAAUGUCUAAUGCGAAAUUGACGUUUAAUAGGCUGAGAUGUCCUCUGAUUGUUGUGUCUCAUAAAAGAAUUAGGUUUAGUUCAGCGGAUCUGUCAUCAUAUACUAGCCCUGAGAUCCAUACAUUCAACUUGUUUGAGAUUUUUAUACCUUUUCCAAUUUCUUACUACCCUUUUCUGGCAAGUUAACUGCCUGUUUGCAACACAUGAGUUCCAGUUGAACUCACAGCGUAUAUGAUUUAAAGAAUUGCUGAAAUCUCUACUUAUUAACUACAGAAUUCUGAUACAUUCGAGGGUAACUAAACAUGUACAACGGUUCUAAAAUUUUGAUGGAUACUAACCUCUGAAUGACUAUGUGUACAGAAAACAAGUGACUUAACAUUUUUCGCAAUUUGAUUAUGUGUUAAUGACCAAUAUGCAACAUAAUCCACCUAGAUCCAUUCAAUAUCAGUCGCUGGGUGCCAUAAAAAUAUUCCGACUUCCGCAGACCUUUUAAAACCUCCGCACUACUCCCUUUGUUUCAUGUCUUUCAUCGUAUCUUGAUACAUUUAUUAAGAGUCUUCAGUCACAAAACUGACGAUGACGAAAAACCAGGAAGAUCAUUGACAUACGAGGGAAUUGAUGCUAGUUCUAAUACUGCAUCCUGCAUUACUUCAUCGGUCACCGUUUUUAAGCUAGACAGUUAAUGCUUUUUAUUUGGGUCCAACUGAAAAGCUAUUUAUUCACAGAAAUAAUCUUCUACUUUGAUACUGUCCUACUUUGGUAACAGUCGGGUAUGUGGAACUUUGUCAGGGACCUGAUGUCAAUGGAGAGUAAAUCAACAUGUAGUCAAUAAACUUCAAGAGCGACAAUAGGUUGAUACUUUAAGAUCUUUCUGUAGAAAAAACCUACUGUAGACAUUCUGCGAGAUGUUUUUACUUUUACGUUGCAAAUAUAUCUUCAUAGCAUAAUGGUCUUUCUUAAAUGAGUUUGGCACUAUAAUGAAUUUAGUUUCUGUUACUGCACUAGAUGUACUUCAGAGUUUCGAAACAAUAAAAAUGUGCUUAAAAUCACCAGGUUAGCGGAAGUUUGGUUAAAUUAUUUUAUGGUACAGUGCUAUUAUUCAAUAAUUACAAAAGAUGGCAAACAUAAGUGACAGCUAGAAUAAAAGUUAGUAUUAUGUAUCUUGGGCAUAGCUUCUCUGUGUGAUGGCUAUUAAUACUCUCUUCCUGUUAGUAUCUAACGAAGAAAAUUUAAAAUCAUGUUACGGCUAUUACUGGUUUGUUAUGUGCAUAUUUGAGUCAUAUUAUACUUUGAUCAAGUCACAUGUAGUACAAUCUUGAAAAGUGGUUGAAAAAGGCACUGUUAUAUCCCAUGCAUUCCUCUGCUUUGUUUCAAUCACCAAUGUACCGCUCUGAAUUAUGACAUCUGUGAUUUAAUAGUGCUUACUCAAAUUCUAUCAAUAGACUUUUGUUCUUGACAUUAUUGACGAUUAGAGUUAAAACACCUUGGUAAAUCAUUGAUUCUUAUUGAAGUCCAUUUUCGCUCACAAGUAUAACUGAAUUAUAAGCUUUUUUAAUUUAUGAGCAUGAUUUUGCAUGCUAAAACUAUAAUUUCUACCUUUUUUAAAGGAUGUAGUUACUUUUAGAGAAUGUUUAGGUGCCAUUGCAACUCUUCAGAUAGUUAAAAUAGUCCGUUGUGUCAUUGAAUAAAAAUAAAGAGAAUUCAAAGAGGAAAAUCUUCUUUUCGACGAAAUAAUUUACCUAAGCUAUACAUUCGUAUGUUUAAGGUCUUUCAUAUUAUCACUAUGUUUUGAUUUUCGGAUAAGUAUUUUGUAAUUUUAAACCAUAAUAAGUUAUUAUUGUCCUUAAACAAUUUUUCAUGGUUAUUAUCCAGUUUUUAUUAUUAUGACCUUUAUGUCUUUCAUUUUUAUUCAUACUUGUCAUGUAGACUAAAGUUCCACAAAUAUUUCAUCAAACAGCACUCGAAUCUUUGAUGUUUUUGGCUGUAGUAAUUGUCCACAUUAUAAAAUUAAUCAUAACCUGUAUCAUUUUACCCGCAAAAUAUAUUUUCUUAUUAAGCUUUUACAGACAUUAGUAGUGAAAAGUAAUCAAUUGCAAGGACCGAUUCCAGAUUGUAUUGGAAAUCUUACGCAAUUGAAAACUCUGGAUCUGUCGAAGAAUCGUCUGACCAAAAUUACUGAAAAUAUAGGCAAUUGUAAAUUGCUAUCCCGUUUUCUUGUGGAUUAUAAUCAAAUAGAUGAAUUGCCAAAAUCAAUUGGUCAACUUUCAGAACUUACGGUACUAGGAAUUAAAUAUAACUGCUUAAGUGAACUCCCAGUUACAAUAUGUAAUUGCGAGCAUUUGACCGAACUGAAUAUUGAAGGCAAUCAUAUAACUCAGCUACCGGAAAAUCUAUUGUGUCACUUAAAAGAUUCACUUUCUGUAGUACUAUCUCGUAAUCAUUUCAAUUCUUUCCCAAUCGGUGAUAAAACUCAGUAUAAAAAUGUCAAACAUUUCAGAUUGGAUUAUAAUCGUUUAGAAAUAUUCGAAGCAGUUCAGCUGUCAGAAAAUACUCAACUGACUACACUAAACUUAUGCAACAAUAACAUUAUUACUUUGGACUUUACAGGAAUAGAAACAUUGAAACAUCUUGUUGAAUUAGAUCUUUCUUAUAAUCAAAUUGGUCAUCUACCUGAUUCAAUUGGCGAGUUAGUAUCUUUAGAAGUAUUAGAUUUGACUAGUAAUCGCUUAGAGGGAUUACCAAAUAGAAUUGGCGAAUUGGUCAGAUUAGUACAAUUGGAAUUAGAAUCCAAUCAAAUCAAAUCGAUUCCUUUAAACAUUGGACAAUUAUGUCAAUUACAAACACUUAAUUUAGAUGUAAACAAGUUAUCUAGACUUCCAUCAACCAUAGGGUGAGUUAUUAUUAUAAACUUUUGAUGGAUUUGCCUUGUUUUCAUAACUUCAUUUUGUUCACCUUUCAAAUAUGAACAUGUAUAAAGGAACUUAAUAAGUGAUUUCAACACAUUCACUAAUUCUAAAGAUUAAAGAUAUAAAUGAAAGACUAAUUUGAUUUACAUUUUCAGUAACUUGUUUCAUAUCCGAAGUUAUUCUUGAUUGUUAAAAUGAAGGCAAGUUUACUGUAAAUUAAUGAUUCUUAUAGUCACUUGCUGAUUUAUGGCUUUGAUGAAAAUCCGAAAUUUUCUGUAUGGGAUGAUGAGGAUUGUUGAAUUUCAUUGAAAUCACAAACUGAUUUAAGUUAGAUUGAUUCAUCCUAGAUCGGUGCGUAACUCCUAAAAUUUAUUGAAAUAGUUAUCGAAUUUUACGCACCUGGACAGCAUCAUGGACGAAGGAAAAAGGUCGGAUGCAGAUGUAAAGGCAAGGAUUGGCAAAGCAAGAACAGCAUUCCUACAGUUGAAGAACAUAUCGCACUCAAUUAUUUGUAAGCCAACAUCAAAGUUACAGUCUUCAAUACAACCGUCAAGAGAGAUCCACUGUACGUAGCUGGAACGUGGAGAACUACCACAACUAUCAUCAAAACCGUACAGGUAUUUAUAAACAAUUGUCUACGUAAGAUACUGAUUGUCCGUUGACCGGAUACUAUUAGCAACAGCAUACUGUCGGAGAGAACAAACCAGUUUCCAGUUGAAGAAGAAAAUAGUAAAAGACAUUGGAGAUGGGUAGGAUAUACAUUGCAGAGAUCAUCAAACUGCACCACGAAUUAAGCCGUAACAUGGAUCGUUGAAGUCAAGGGGGAAAGAAGAAGACCGAAGGACAUACUGUGUCUAGAAUUGAAGUAGAUAUCAAAAGAAUGAACAGCAAGUGGAGAGGAUUGUUGAGGAUAGAGCUGUUUGAAGAAUGCUGAUGAGCAGCCUAUACCUUUUCACGAGGGGUAAUAGACGUAAGUAAGCAAGUAAAUAACUCAUUGAGUUUUCUAUAAAUAACCAGAGGAGAAAGUUACUACCAACUAU